AUGGAUGGGGAAAUCUUGGUCGGACAACUGUGUACUGAGCAAAGGUUCACCCAAAUCUCUAAAGGCAACUGGGAAAGGGGAAACUGGCCAACCACCUGUGCCAUCAAAUCGGGCAGGUGGCUGUCGAAAUCAUUGUCAGACAACUGUGAAAUGAGCACAGGUACACGCAAACAUCAAAAGGCAACUGGGAACGAGGAAGCUGGCCAACCACCUGUGCAGUCAAAUCAAGCAGCAACUGGGUACGGAGAAAUUGGCCAACCACCUGUGCAGUCAAAUUGGGCAAGUGGUUUAGGAAAUCAUUGUCGGAUGCCUGUGUACGAAGCUGAGGUCAUGCAAACAUCAAAAGGCAACGAGAAUGGGAACACUAGCCAACCAUCUGUGCAUUUAAAUCGGGCAGGUGGCUGGGAAAAUCUUGGUCGGACAACUGUGUACUGA